AUGUUUUUCCGGUUGUUGGUGCUAUUCUUUACUAUCUCGGCUGUCACGCUUACCCCGUGGGCUAUCGUGGGUUCUUACAAGAACGCCAGCCAUCUUACUAAUAACUAUUUGAUUGGAGUUCAGGUCACAGGGCUUGAUGUGGGUGCACUUUUCGCUGGAAACCAGAAGAGAGAUGCUGUUGUGAACCUUCCGUUGGACAACAAGUUCGUGGACGCUGUGCCAACGCCUACCACUACUGAACGUGCUUACACUACUUCUUUUGAGAAGAAAGACUUGGCUGAUGAUAUCCAGUCGCUUGUGGGCGGCUUGGGAACCGAAGUGAGUUCUGCUAUUGACGGCAUUGACUUGGAUAAGCUUACUGCCGACGCUGCUUCUGCUACUUCUCAGAUCGCUGACGCAAUCGACACCGACGCUAUUAUCAGUGACAUUGGUCAAUUGGCCUCCAGCGUCAACCUUCCAGACGCCGUUGCUACCUUGGCUGAGGGUCUUGCUAAUGGCCUCAGCAUUGAACAGGCCGUUUCCAACUUAGAGUACCACGAUUUGGGUUUCGCUGACUACUACAGUAUCAGUUACUGGGGCUACUGCAGAGGUUACAUGAGAAGUCUCAAUAAUUCCGACGACCUCAUUUCAAACUUGGGUGAUUUCGGUAAGAAUUUCAACCAGGAUAAAGUGAACUACGUGUGGUGCAGUCUGCCAGUCGCUGGUUAUAAGUUCGAUCCUUUGGAGCUUGUCAAGCGUGAGAUGAGCAAUGCUGUUAGAGACGAAAUCGAUGGUGUCAAUGGUCUUCCCCUGGGUAUCUCCGGUACGCUUAAAGCCCAGUUGAUUGCCCUUAUCGCGUCGGUCGACUAUGAAACGCUUAACCUUCCUGGUGAGUUGCAAGAUAUGUUAGGUUUGCUUAACAACAUCACCACCGCUGGUUUGGCUAUGUUGAUCGCAGGAGCCGGUUUGGGAUUCAUUUCCUUGAUCUUCCAGCUUGUAGGCUUGGUCUCGUCUCCUCGCAAUAGCUGUCUUUCGUGUUUGAACUACAUUCUCAUGUUGCUUUUCUUCCUCUGCAUCCUUCUUGGUGCUGGUUUGACUACUGGUGUCUACAUGUUCGCGAGAAAAGAAGUCAACAACCACAUUGACGAGUUCGGCUUGAAGUCGUACUUGUCCAUUCAAUACUAUGCGUUUGCUUGGUCUGCCAUGGCUGCUUCCUUCAUGGCAGUCGUGCUUGCAGCUCUCGGAUACUGCUGCGGCUGUUUCCACGGCAAUGGCAAGAGAAAGUACAAAAGGGUUGACGAGCCAAACAUGGCCUACGACCAUAAAGGCUACCAGUAA